CUCCCUCUUUCUGUUGGCAUUUGGCUCCACAGUCCCUGCCUAUUACCUUUAUUUUCCGCUCAUUUUCCCCUUCCUCUUCUUUGCUCCCCAUUUAGGCCCAAUGGCAGUAACGAAAUAGCGACUCUGUUCUUCUUGCCACUCCUUUUUCGCAGCUCCGCGGGGCCGUCCACGCGCAGCGCACGCGCACGCGACACCUUAACCUGUCAGAUUGCCCGUCAUGCUUCGAUACCGCAGAUAUCGCGUAUUCCUCGUGUUCGCCGUUAUCGCUGUAUUCGCCCUCUAUAAAUUCGGCAGCUCGAGCACGUCGUGGAAAGAGCAGGCGGCCCGUUUGUCGCAGGCGAAAGCAAACGAUGAGGACCCUCCGCGGUUGAAUUGGCAGCCGAGGCCGCAAGUCGCGAAGGAGACGAAGAAGUUUGAGGUUGAGGUUCCUGCAGCGAAGACGCCGCAGCCGAAGCAGACGCCGCCGCCGAUUGCGCCCGUUAGCCGUCCGGUCGAAAAGAAACCCACCCUCUCGCCGAAGAAGCCCGCUGCGAAGCCGACACCGGUUGGCGCUGGAGGUGUUGAGAAUGACGAUGCGACGAAGCCUGAGUUCACGCCGCUUGCAGAGGGCGGACAGGGAGCGCUGGAGGUGACGCCGUUGCCGUCGAUUUCGAGCGUCGAGCCCAUACACUGGAAGAAGCUGAGCGAGCAUUUCCCCGUGCCUUCGGAGUCGCUCAUUAAGCUGCCAUCUGGGAAACCGAAGCCCGUACCCAAGAUACAGUUUGAUUUCAAGAAGGAGUCGCCUGCGCAGAAACAGGAUAGGGAGACGAAACUGCACGUUAUUCGGGAUGUCUUUAAACGCUCUUGGUCGGGCUACAAGGAGCAUGCAUGGCUGCAGGACGAGCUCAAGCCUGUGUCUGGGGAAUCGAAGAAUCCAUUUGCGGGCUGGGGUGCUACACUGGUGGAUGCACUGGAUACACUGUGGAUUAUGGACUUGAAGGAGGAAUUCGCGGAAGCGGUUGAAGCUGUGAACAAGAUCGACUUCACGACAACCACAAGGCCUGAUAUCCCGUUGUUUGAGACGACGAUUAGAUACUUGGGCGGCUUAGUCGCGGCAUACGACAUCAGCGGAAAGAAGCACAAGAACCUGUUAGACAAGGCGGUCGAGCUCGCGGAGGUGCUGAUGAGCGCUUUUGACACGCCGAACAGGAUGCCGGAAACCUAUUACUAUUGGCGGCCCGACUUCUCCUCUAAUGCUCAUCGUGCCAGCAACCGCGUUGUUUUGGCGGAGAUUGGUUCCUUAUCUGUGGAAUUCACAAGGCUUGCUCAGCUUACUGGGGAAGACAAAUACUACGACGCAGUCGCUCGUAUUACAGAUCUUUUUGACGAAUUCCAGAAUAACACGAGGCUGCCUGGCAUGUGGCCUACCUAUCUGGACGCUUCGGGCUGCAAGAUGAUCGAGUGGACACCGGAGAUAAAUAAGCCUCUUCAGAAACCUCUCCCAGGCAAGGACCUUGAUCAGGAGCUACCGGCAGUGGCAGACGGUCCGGUUGUGAAGCAACCCGAAGAGACGGCCGCGGCUACAGUCACAGAAGAGCUCUCGCCUGGGGGACACAAGUAUGUACCCCUGGAAAAGCCCGAGCCGUUUGUACUUGUACCAAAUGGCCCGAACCCCACGUUCAAGCCACCACCUCCAGAGGAACCGUUACCGAUGUGGCUCGGUGACCCAGGAAAGGGCAAGAUCAAGGGUUGGGACGCCGACUCUGGCCUUGCAAAACGACAACUCGAUUCCGAUGAUGCAAAUGCGUCUCCCGUUGAGGACUCCCCUACUCCCAUUGCUACUGAAACGGAUGCUGCGGCUGAACCGACGGAGACUCGGCCUACGUGUCAGGAGCAGGGCUUUGCAUCUUCAUCGGACUACGGCUCGGAAGAGUUCACAUUAGGCGGGAUGUCGGACUCUACCUAUGAAUAUCUACCAAAGGAGUACCUGCUUCUCGGCGGCUUGGUAGAGAAGUACCGCGACAUGUACGAGAAAUCCAUGGACGUCGUCAAGAAACAUCUCCUCUUCCGCCCCAUGGUCCCCGACGAAAACGACAUCCUCUUCUCCGGCAAGCUCAUGGUUCCCUCCCUUAGCGCACCUAGCGAAAAGAUCGGCGAUCUCGAAGCCGAAAACGCGCAUCUGACCUGCUUCGCUGGAGGUAUGUUCGGCAUGGGCGCUAAACUGUUCGACCGCCCUGAAGACCUGGACAUCGCGAAGAAGCUCACCGAAGGCUGCAUAUGGUCGUACAACAUGACGGCUACGGGUAUUAUGCCCGAAGCCUUUGACGCUGUGGCUUGCGACAGCCGCGAGCACUGCUCGUGGAAUCAGACCAAGUAUUGGGAGACGCUGGAUCCCAGGGCGGACGCGAGGCUGGAGCAGUAUAAGGAUGCAAUGAAGACGUAUAAGGAGCAGAUGAGCAGCGCAAGCGCCUGGUAUGAAGAGGAGCUGAGAGCUAUGGCCACACCACCCCCGACUUUGGAGGAGACAGCUGUGGGUGCUGUCGAGGCUAGGCCCACGCCAACAGUUGUUGCAGAUCUGCUCGACAAACGGCAAUUAGCCGAUCUCGAAGACGACGUCCUGGAACAACAAGUUACGCCUCUUAAGGAGUCGCCCGCCCCCGAGGUCUCUCAAGAUAGGGAGAGCGUCAUGGGAGGCGAAGCGGAAGAGGGAGAAGGACCGCCAACUCCAGUCCAGUCCGUGGCAGAGUCGCCCUCACCGAGCCGCACAUUACCCGCUUUCCCAGUCAUCUACACCCCGAAAGUCCCCCCCACUCACGAAGAGUACAUCAAGAACCGCAUCCAAGAAGAGCGUCUGCCGCCCGGUGUAACUUUCAUAAAAGCCCGCGGGUACAUCCUCCGCCCCGAGGCCAUAGAAUCCGUCUGGUACCUCUACCGCAUAACCGGCGACCCAUACUACCGCGCCGCCGGCUGGCGCAUGUUCGAAGCCGUGAACGAGCACACCGCAGCCCUCUACGGCAACUCCGCCAUCGACGACGUAACAAGGACGUCUCCCACACUCGAAGACUCGAUGGAGAGCUUCUGGCUCGCCGAGACGCUGAAGUAUUUCUACCUGCUGUUUGCGGAGGAGAGUGUCGUGAGCCUCGAUGAGUGGGUGUUGAAUACCGAGGCGCAUCCCUUUAGGCGGCCUACAUAGAGCAAGCGAUCGGGGAAGAGGGGAUAGUGUUGUGUUGUUGGAUGAGAUGGCGUGGCGGGCGUGUGACGGCGUUUUUUCCAAUGGGCUGGACUUCUUCGGGCUGCGGCGUUGCUUGCACAUACCCCGUGAAGGGAGAGUUUCGCGUUUUUCGUACCGCUUCGUUGGCUUGGUAUUAUUAUUAUUGCAUUCUGCGGGCACGUCGGUGGGUGUCAUCGCAUUCGUGUGAAUAGCAUAUCAAUGGAGUUUUCUUUCGUUGGUUGUGUAAACCUCGCUUCGCGCGUAGCGAGUCCGUUGCUUCCUGGCGAAGGGAUCGUAAUACCACUACACUCUUAUAUACUAGAUUUGCGGGGGACUGUUAUUCGAGAUGGCCGAGUGGGGAUGGCGUGUGAUUCGGAGUCAAAGUUUUCCAGAUAUUU